AUGGAAGCUAGUUUUUAAAGAGAGGAAAGCAAAACAUAGAUAUAAUAAACUUAAGACGAUUUUUUCUACAAGAUAACUUAACUUUAAAAUCCAAAGGAAUUCAAAAUUGAAGUCCCAGCAACCAAGAAGAAAUACAAUGUAAUGGUAGAUGUAAAUAGCGAAAUAGGCUUUAAGGGACUACCUUUAGAAUGGGAGAGAUAGUUUAAGGAGCUAUAGAUAUCGUAAUUAGAAAUCGACAAAGAGCCUUUUGAGUAUUUGCUGAUGGUGAACUUUAUUAUAACAGAGGGUUUCAAAAAGAUGCAGGAUAAGAAAACCCUGUAUUAAAAAAUGAGCAGUAUUUGUGAUAAGAUAAUGAAGGCUGACCCUUUCAAGUACUUCAAGAAAAUAGCCACAAUUGGGACUGGUGGGUUCGGUUCAGUAUUUCUUGUAGAACACAUCAAGACUCGCAGACAUUUUGCAAUGAAAAUGAUUAAGCCAGAGGAUGAAAGCGAUCUUGAGGACACCUUGACAGAGAUAGCACUCUAAAAUAUGGCAAGCAAAGAACAUAGGAAUAUCAUUAGAAUUUAUCAUUCAUUCGAGUAUAAAGAUUCCUUCUAUCUUGUCAUGGAAUGGAUGGAUGGUGGAGAUUUAAGCACCAUGAUCAAAGCUAUCCCUGGACAGAUACCUGAGCCAGUUAUUGCCUACAUAUGCAAGCAGAUUCUGCUAGCCAUUCACAUGAUGCAUGAAAAUUCGCAGAUUCAUAGAGAUUUAAAGCCCCUCAAUGUAAUGCUCAGUACUUAAGGCGAGCUAAAAAUAGGAGAUUUCGGAUUGGCAGCACAGCUUUUCUAAGAGAGCUAUAAUUCCAAAGAGAUAAAAGGUACUCCUAAAUGGAUGGCGCCUGAAAUAUUACUAACUAAGCCCUACAAUUCUUUAGUUGAUGUUUGGAGUUUAGGCAUAAUUUUACUUGAACUUGCGACAGGCAACAAUCCUUAUAAAAAUUUGACUUUAAGCAGAAUUAUGCAUCAAAUGAGGAAUAAUGAUCCACCAAGACUUAAGGGCAAAGAUACGGCGUGGUCCAAGGAAUUUAGACACUUUGUGAAUAAAUGCUGCUUGGUCAAGAAUCCAGUUGAAAGAGCAGACACAUAUCGGCUGAUGAUUCAUCCAUUCUUAAAAAAUGCAGAUGAUGAGGAUCACAAGGACUAGUUCUUAUUUUUCCUCACAGAGUACUACAACAACCCUAAGCUUAAGUUGAAUUCAACAAAAGUUGAUCUUGCCACAUGA